AUCCUGUGGCCUGCCCCCAAAAAUCGUAUAAAAGGCAGCGGUGCUUCACAGCAUCUUCAGCAACAACUCUCAAGCGCAUCUCUUCAUUCCAGCAUUCCAUCGAACAAGGUUCGCCUCCAUCAUCCCAACAUGUCUUGCUACCCUCAGUCUUGUGUCCCAACCUGCACCAUCCCCUAUUCUAGGGCCACAUAUCCCCUUGGACAGUGUGGCACUGGUGGGAGCUUCGGCGGUGGCUUCGGCGGUGGCUUCGGCGGUGGCUUCGGCGGCGGCUUCGGCGGCAGCAGCGGCGCCUUAGUUGGUGGCGGCGGUGUAUCAUCUACCAGUCUCGGCCUCAUCCCUGGAGUCACACCAUCAUGCAUCAGCCAGGUCCCAUCAUCGGAAGUGGUGGUCCAGCCACCUCCAUUUGUGUUGACCAUCCCAGGGCCCAUCCUGUCUGCCAGCUGCGAUCCCGUGGCUGUAGGAGGCUAUUCACCAUGCGCUAAUGGAGGCUACGGUUACGGGUCUUCUGGCUACGGGUCUUCUGGCUACGGGUCUUGUAGCUAUGGAUCUUCCCGCUAUGGACUGGGGGGCUCUGGAGGGUACAGUGGGGGUAGCAAAUACAGUUGUAGUUCAAGGCGUAGUCAAAGCGUCUGUGGCAAUCCCUGCUAAGCUCGCAUCGAUUGUCCACAGGAUCUGGGGCGACCUGGGAAACCGGCUACCAAUGACACCAAUGCACUACAACCAAGCUUGACGUCCUGGUUUUCAGAAAUGCUAAGCUCUUGCAGUUUCAGACGGAAGCAGCAAGUUGCUCAGUGCCUCUGAAAAUCUAAACCAGGCUCUAUCUUUCACAUUGCACUUUUUCCUGAAAUAUGUGUUGUUGUUUGUGGUAUUUAUUUUCCAUGCCCUUUGCAUAAUUCACUUGCUUUUUGGUGUUUGAUGCAGGGAACUUUCACCAAAGAAAGACAGGACAGGACAUAAUUCACCCCUCACUGGUGGAUUGUGCUAGUUGUGUUAUGAAACUGUAUUCUAUGCUGUUGGAAACAAACAUAUUUCUCCUGUAUAGCUUCUCAUCUCAUUUCAUUAAAGCUUUUGUUGCAUCGCA